UACUUACUGGGAUGUCAUCCUCCUAGGUGGCGGCAAGCCUGAAAAAUGUCAUUACAAUUAGGGUCGUUGCCAAGAUGGGAACUGUAUCUUUAUAUGUUCCUUUCUUUUGGCUUUCAUUUCUAUUCCUUCUACGAAGUCUUCCAAACCUCUCGAGAAUAUGAAGAGGAACUUGAUAGAGAAUUCGAACUGGAAACUGAUAUGCUGUUUGGGGGACUUAAAAAGGAUCCAAUGGAUUUUGAAUGGAGUUUUUGGAUGGAAUGGGGCAAAGGAUAUAUAUUGUGGCUUCUUUUGGGUCACUUACUGGUAUCACAGAUGUCCGGCCUUUACAUGAAGAAGUACAAACCCUGGUUUCUGAUGGCCUAUGGCAUCGCAGCCUGUGGGUUUCUGUUGGGCAUCAAUGGUCUGAUAGAGAUUUUUCUACAUGUGAUUCUCUCUUACUUGGUUGCUCAAUUUAAGCACCCGGUUCUGACGUGGCUGAGCUCAUUGCUUCUUUUGUCAACUCUGCACCUGCCUGCCCUGGAAGAAAUAAAGAGAGGCUGGUAUGCUAGUGAAAGUGAAUACUACUUGCUUCUCUUCACCCUGACUGUCCGAUGCCUCUAUUACACAAGCUUCAGUCUAGAACAGUGUUGGCACAAAUCUACCGAGACGAUACAUCACUCAUUCCUUUGGAUGUUGGCGUAUGUGUUCUACUAUCCCGUGUUUCACAAUGGGCCCAUUAUCACCUUUGAUGAAUUUUAUAAACAGAUGAAUAAAGAUGAAUCCUUCAGUUUGAAGUCUAAUCUCCAUGUUUUCAUCUCGGGCACCCUUCGUAUUUUGACUUGGUGGUGGCUGGCAGAGUGUAUGAUUCAUUUUAUGUAUAUACAUACCAUCUGCAGUAGUCCGGCACAUCUGGAAGCAGUAACCUACUGGGCCUUAGGUGGACUAGCAUUGGCGCAGGUCCUGUUUUUUUAUGUGAAGUACCUUGUUCUUUUUGGUGUUCCUGCACUCAUUAUUCGAAUGGAUGGACUCAAGCCUCCUGAUUUACCUCGCUGUGUAAGCACCGUAUACAGUUUUUCUGGAAUGUGGAGGUCUUUUGAUGUUGGAUUGCAUAGAUUUCUUAUCAGGUAUAUUUACAUCCCAAUGGGAGGAUCUCACUGCAACAUGUUUAAGAUGUUGUUUUCCACAGCAAUCACAUUUGCUUUUGUAAGCUAUUGGCAUGGUGGACAUAACUACCUCUGGUCCUGGGCUGUGCUUAAUUGGCUUGGAGUAACUGCCGAAAAUGGAGUGAAGAGGCUGGUUUCUCUUCCAGUUGUCCGUGACUUAAUUAAUCACUUUUUGUCCCCAAGAAGUUCUCGUCGAUUCCAUGCAGCCCUGGCAUCUGUAUCCACCACAUUCUUGAUUUUCUCUAACCUUAUCUUUCUGGGAGGAAAUGAGGUUGGCAGAAUCUACUGGAACAGGAUCUUCAUAGAAGGCUGGCCCUGGGCAACACUCUCUGUUUUUGGAUUCCUAUAUUGCUACUCCCAUGUUGGGAUUGAAUGGCAACACAGAUACACCAAGGAUUAGCAAUUAUCCAAAAGGAUGCCCUCUCGGCCUGAAAAGAUGGGGCCAAGUCACUUUGCUGCACGAUAUCAAAAUUCCAAUAUAGCCUGUUAUAUCUGGCAG